AUGUACAAGCCAGGCACAGGCAGCACAUGCUGUGGAGCUCACAGCCCACCCCGGGCUCAGACACAGCCCCUCGGGCUCGCUCUGCAAACCCCUCUCCAAGCUCUGCAGCCCCGCAGCUCCCGCACGCUCAGCCACGCAGGGCCUACCCCGUUCAGCCCCGUUCAGCCCGGCUCAGCCCGGCUGCGCCAGCGCGGCGGGCGGGCGGUGCCGCCGGGGCCCAGGAGGGGGCGCUGUGGCUCCACGGAGCGCCAGGCGCGGAUCAGCGCGGAGCGGAGCGGAGCUCGCCCGCACCCCUGCCCGCAUCAGCGCCUAUCCCUGCCUGUAUCAUCCCUGCCCGCAUCAGCGUCCAGCCCUGCCCGCAUCAUCCCUGCCCGCAUCAGCAUCCAUCCCUGCCCGCAUCGUCCCUGCCCGCAUCACCGUCCAUCCCUGCCCGCAUCAUCCCUCCCCGCAUCACCGUCCGUCCCUGCCCGCAUCACCAUCCAGCCCUGCCCGCAUUCCCCGGCAGCAUCCUCUGCCCGCACCCCCGCCCUCAUCCCUGCCCGCAUCCCUGCCUCCAUUCGCCGUCAGCAUCCCCUGCCCGCACCCCUGUCCGAAUCUCUGCCCACAUUCUUCAGCAUGUAG